CGCGUCCCACGUCCCACGUCCCACGUCCCACGUCGUUGUCCCGUCGCAGUUGAUGCCCGCCGCAAAAACACUCUCUCCUCCCCAAAACAUCACCCCUAAAACCACCAUUUCGACCGGACCUCUGCCCACGCGACUCUCCUUCCACCGCUCUCACUGCUCAGGUUUCUGCGACUCUCACAAGUGUCUUCCAUCUCGCUUUCGCAAACUAGAUCAAAGUCGCCGCCACUCAUUCUUCACGAUGUCGAUCGUAUCGCUUCUGGGUGUUCACGUUCUGAACAACCCCGCCAAGUUCACGGACAAGUACGAGUUCGAGAUCACCUUCGAGUGCCUCGAGGCCCUAGAGAAGGACCUUGAGUGGAAGUUGACCUAUGUUGGCUCGGCUACCAGCGACCAGUAUGACCAGGAACUCGACAGCCUUUUCGUCGGACCCGUCCCCGUCGGUGUCAACAAGUUCGUCUUCGAGGCCGAUGCGCCCAACACGUCCCGUAUCCCCGACGCCGAUAUCCUCGGUGUCACUGUCAUCCUUCUGACGUGCGCCUACGAUGGUCGCGAGUUCGUCCGCGUCGGCUACUACGUCAACAACGAAUAUGACUCGGAGGAGUUCAACGCAGAGCCUCCUGCCAAGCCCAUCAUCGAGCGCGUCAAGCGCAACGUUCUUGCCGAGAAGCCGCGCGUGACUCGUUUCGCCAUCAAGUGGGACAACGAGGCCUCUGCCCCCGCCGAGUUCCCCCCUGAGCAGCCCGAGGCCGACCUCGUUGCCGAUGAGGAGGAGUACGGCGCCGAUGAGCGCGAUGACGAGGAUGAACCCGAGGCCUCUAUCGUCGGUGCCAAUGGCGAAAAACCCGCUGGUGAAGAUGCUGAAAUGGCAGGUGUCGAGAACGGCGAGGGUGAUGUUGCCCCGGCCGAGGAGGAUGAGAUGUCGGACGACGGCAGCGUGGACAUUGAGGGCGAGAGCGAGGACGAGCUGGAGGAAGAGGGCGAAGGCGAGGGCGAGGGUGCCGACGACGAUGCGAUGGACGUGGACUCCUCCUCGGCUAACAAGCCUGCCGCUACGAUCAGCAAGGCCGCGGAGGUCAUUAUCCGCUAAGCAGCGCUCUUGGACGAUUGUUUUGACGCUUUAACAACCAUACCCUCGCCCUCCCCCAUUUAUUGUCGCCGACGUUGGAGAGCAUUUCACUAGAAGAUGCGCAGGAUGGCGGUUUACACGAAGAAUACGACCUGGACGAUGAUUGCAUAAGGUAUUCGAGCCAUUGAGUAUAGAUGAGGUGGCCUGAAGGGAUCAAGUGCGCCCGAGAGGGCCUUGAUGCUAGUAAUUAGAUGCAAAUGAUAUAUUUUUCUGUGGA